ACAAAAGCAAUUCUUAUUAUGAAUUUUUAUUCUACCUGCCAAAUUAUAUGACAUUUCGAUUUAUUAACAUUUAAAAUUUUAGUAAUUAUUAAACACUUAAAUUAAUUGAGUAUGUAACAUUUUGAUCGCAUCAACAAACCGCGAUCAUCAAUUCCACAAAAUAUUUACAAUAUGAAAACUUAACAAUUUUUUUAGUACAUCAACCAAAAUAACAUUCAUCAACAGAAAGAAAUAAGUUAUUGAACAGGACAAAAUGAGUCGACGUCCAGGUCUAACAAGAACUGAACAACUUCGUCAAGCCAAAACUGCCAGAGAGCUUGAAAGGAUGCAAGAAAGAGCUGCAAGACUUCCUCCACCAGAACCAUUAAAAGUACGCAAACGGUACAUUAGGCCUGAACCAAAAAAAUUGGACUUCGCUAAACCAGGAAUGACUAAAGCAAUGUUAGCUAGAAUAAAACAAGCUGAAAAAUUUAAACAAGAAUAUGAACGUAAGCGUGAAGUUCAAGUACCUAAGAGAACACCUGCACCAAUAGGAGGUGAUCCCAGAUUUGGUAGAGAAAGAAUACCACCAAGGCGUCCUCCACGCGCACCUCCGGCUGUAACUCCACGACCUGUAACUCCAGUUGCUGGACCUAGUGUGCCCCGUGUACCUACUCCUCCUAGAAGACCUGUUACUCCAAAGAAACCUAUACCUAAAAAAACCACUGAUUUAGCUAAAAUGAUGAAUGCUGAUGUAAUUCAAGCUGAACCAGUUGGUGAUGGUGUAAUAAAUAAUAUUGUAAUACCUCCUGGAGCAGUAAAUGAAGAACGUACUACCAUUAUUAGUGUAGCACAACCACCUGUAGAAGAAACACAAAUAUCACAAGCAGCUAGUCGUUCAAUUCAAGUGAUCAGGUGAUUUUAUAAAAAUUUUUUUUUCUGCAAUAAUAACAAAGCAUAUUUCACUUUUGACAGUGAAACUCUUAAUGAGCAAGAUGCUGCAGAAUCUGCAGCAGUUCAAAGUAAAUUAGCAGAUUUGCAACAAGCUAGGAGAGAUUUUGUUAUUGCGGCUGCAAAUGUUGGUGCUAGUGCUUUCACUCUUGAAGAUAUCACUCCUCCUGAAUUAUUUGAUAUCACUCCUC